GUACUCCGCGAGCGUGCGGCGACAAUUCGAGCGGCGGUGGCGGUGGCAGGUAUUACGCAUCGCAUGUUCGCUGCACGCACUGCAAAGCAGCAGGCUGCGCGAGCAGCGGCGGCCGGGUCGGUAGCAGGCAGCGUACAGGCGAGUGCGGGUGGAGCGCCAGGCACCUCAGCUGUAGGAGCGUCGCCUGCUGCCGGGACCGGGCCUGGGUCAGCAGGUGCAGCGGUGAGCCGCUAUUCGGGCGCAGCUGGGGCGCCUUCAGCAGCCCAGCACAAAGUGACAGCAGCGCCGGGGGCUAGGCUGGCCGGCGUACCGCAGCAGCCGCGCACGGUCCGGCAGCGCGCGCAGGCGGAGGCGUUCAAGUCGAUGAUGGGGCAAGGGCUGGAUGAGGGUAGCCGUGCUCAUGCUGCUGCACAGACUUGCACGUUCACCAGGCCCGAGCAGCCUGCGCCACCGGUACCAGCGGCACGGGAGGGGCAGCCGCAGGGGCGUUAUGUCACAGAUGUCAUUGCUGGCAUCGUGGGCGUGCUGCGGCAGCACCGGGAUCUAGCCAGCAUCUUGCACCGCAAAGAGAUGAACAUGCUGCUGCCGGGUGAGUUGAAGCAGCUUGCCGAGGCGCUGCAGCAGCAGCUGCCGGAGAAGCUGCGCAGCAGCUCAGUGCAUGGGAUGGAGACGUGGCUGCAUCACCACGCGGACGAGAUCGAGCUCGCGCUAGCAGGCGUGCCAAACCCCGAUGCGGUGGCAGCAGCUGCCGGUGUGGGCGGAGCAGCCAUGCCGUGGGAGGUGCAGCUUGGCUUGCAGCGUGUUGCGGAGAUGAUGGGGCUGGCCUCCGACGCGGAGAAGCAGCCGGCAGCAGAGGCGUGGCAGGAGCGGCAAUGGCACACGCUAACAGAUUGCAUCAGUGCUACGCGCGCUGCAGCCAGGGUCGCAGGAGACACCGCCGGGGCUGCAGGAGCGGCCGUCGGCACAGGCGGCGCGCAGACCGCCGCUGGUGGCGUGCCUGACAUCGCAACGUCACGCUUGUGUGACGAUGCCGCUGCAGCACAGGCGAUGCGCCAGCAGAUGGCCGCGGAGUUGCCGACGCAGCCGUGUUGCGUAUGCGGUCGCCGCCGGCGUCAGCGCGAUGUUCAUUGGCAUCGUGUCUCGGGAUUGCGGGAGUGGCUCGACGAGCAGCUUAGCGUGAUGCUGCCGGGCACAGCAGAGGCGCCGCGGGAUGGCAACACGCUGUGGGCUCCGCCGACAUCGGCCGAAGCUGUAGCGUUGCUGGCGGGUUCCACGGGCGCUGCGUCAAUGACAGAGAUUACGGAGCGCGUGAUGCGCGCGGUGUAUCGGCUGCAGGCGCAUCCUGCGGCGGGCACAGUGCAGCUGGCCGCAGACGGCGAUCACCAGCUGCGUGUGUGUGUCGAUUGCAUGCGGGCGCACCAGCAUGGGCAUCUGCCCCCACUGUCGUACGCGUGCGUUGACAAUGGGUUGCGGCCCAGCCACCUACCGCAGCUCACGGUGAUGGAGGAGCGGCUGGUGGCAGUGUGGCGGCCGCUCCGUAACCUGAUGGUGUGUCGGCCGCCAGCGGCGGGCGGCGGGCCGGGGCAUUGGGAGAUGCGCGCGCACGUGAUUGCGUUCAAGGCGCCGGAGCCGCAGCAGCUGGCAGCGGUGUUCCCGUGCAGCCUGGCGCGCGUGCCUGAGUGCAUCACAGUGGUGUUUGUGAGCCCGGCACAGACGUACCAGCAGCUGGAGGCGUUGGCGCGCCGCGUGCCCGCGCUGAUGGUGCGGGGCAAAGUCGUCGCGGCCUGGGCGCGGCACUUGGCAGCUCUGUAUCCCAGCGCGCGCCUGGACGAGGCGGCCGUGCAGGAGUGGGAGCGGCAGCCGCCAACAGCGGUAGCGGAUGCUCUCGCGCGGCGCGCCGUCUGCACGCAAACCCAAGGCGAGGCAUCGGCGCUGCUGCGGACUUUGCGGGCGGAACAGGAGGGGUAUGCGCGCGCGCGGUACGGUACUGCAGAGGAAGCUGCAGCUAGAGGGGCGAGUACAGCAAUGCCGGCGGCCGUCAACAGCGACAGCAGCAGCGGCUCGGACAGCGAGGCCAUCAUUGUACAGCAGUCGCUUGCACGGCCGAGCCGGAAGCGGCCCAGGUUGCUGUCUGCCGCGCACAUGCAGCGGCUGCUGUGUGGGCUGGAUCGCGACGCGAGCGUGGCGGUGCGGCAGUUGCUUCUGGCCCACAACUUCAAGGCUGCUGCUACAAAGCUGCUUCGCCACCACGGCGGCGCGCCAACCAAGGAGGCGGUGACGCAGAUGCAGGUGUUAACGGACCACGAACGAGCGCUCACAGCUGAGGCGAAUGCGAGUGGCAGCACGCGCCCGCUGUCACGCCCGCCAGCGGGCGCACCGCUGCCGCCAGGCAGCUUGUUCGUGGUGCACGAGCCGCAGGCACUGUCGCCUGUGCAACGGGAGCACGGUGCGCAACGGCCGCAGUCUCUUCCAGCACUGCCUGCAGAAGCCGCACAGCGUGCAGGCGCAGCAGCACCAGCAGCGGCGGCGGCAGGGGCGGAGGUGGCGGCAGCAUUCAGCAGCUGCGGCCAGAACGUGACACACAUGCAGGGCAUAGACGACGUUGACUUGCCGCCAACGCCAGCAGAUUCGCCGGCGUUGCGCGCGGUGUUUCAGGACGCCUGCGCCGACGAGCGUGCCCUGCAGCUGCUGCUGGACGGAUGGCCACUCGCGUCAUGCACGGAGCAGGCCCCGCAGUCGGACUAUCAGCCGGAGUGGCCGCUGCGCGUGCACGUGAAUCGGUUUCCUAACGGCACGGGCGCAUGCCCGACCGGCAUGCAGAUGCUCAGCUGGAUCCAGCUGCAGCUGCAGCGAUGGUACCCACCAGCGCCGGACGGCACCGAAGACUCCAGCGCCCAGGCACCACACUUCAUUCUGGACAUGUUUGACGCGUGGCAGCGGCACACGGUCAACCAGCAGGUGGCGGUGCGCUUCAAGCUGGACCCGCAGCUCAUCAUGAGCCUCGGCGACAUGGGGCCGGACACGCUGGUGGAGGCAGCGGACGUGCUUGCAGCAGCGCUGCGCAGCCGCGCGUACGGGCUGUGGGCUGCGUACGGCCCACCCAGCGCCACUGUGACGCUCAACCCCGCAUCGGUGCACUCAGAUGCCACGUUCACGCUGAUGGGGCGUCCGUACACCUUCGACGUGCGGACAGGCGCGCCGCAGCAUCGGCCCAUGGCCGCGGAGCGGUGGGACCUGGUGGCCGGGCACCCGCUCGCGUGUGCCGAGUCCUUUGAGGCGUUCAUGGACGCGUUCUGCGACGUGUUCCUCGGGUGGCCAGCAGGAUCAGAUGUGCAGCAACGUAGCAACUGCCUGUUCGGGCGCGUUGACGCCUUCUUCUUCAAGUUCGAAAUGAAUCAGCGCGGAGAGCUGCACGUGCACGGCUGUAUCUGGCAGCCCGGGCUGCAGCCAGCACGCCUGCGAAAGGCGCUAGCGGACCCGCGGAGUUGUCCCGACGUGCUGGACUUCCUGGAGUCCGUGCAGACGCAGUGGUUUGCCUCACCGCUGCUGUUCAGCGGCGGCGAGCGACCGGUCCACGCUCAGAAGCUCAGCACCGAGCAGCUGCAGGAGGUGGCUGAGGCGGCUGGCAGCGAGCGCUUGACGGAGCUGCAGCGGGACGUUCUCAGGGAGGUGCUGGUGGAGGUGAAGGCCAGGGGGGCCAUGGAAGACGCAGCCGUGUCUUGUCGGCCGCCUCUACAAUGCAGCAGUUUGACUGAGGCGGAGCGGCUCGGGUUAUUUGCUGCGCACGCGGUCCUGGAGACGCUGCUGCACGCCCAUCGCGACGGCACGUGCACCACGUCACACAGCAAGCAUGCCACGGACAGCAACUGCCGCAUGCGGCUGCCUCGGAUGCUGCACUGGCUCACCACGUACCUGCACGAGCAGUCGGUGUGCGUGCACCUCAAGCGGUAUGGCCGCUACAUGGUCUCGCAUAUGGUGGCCCUGCUGCUGGCAGUGCCUUGCAAUCACACCGUCACGUUUGCGUGUGACGUGGGGCGCUGGCUGCGCACGCGCGAGCUAUGGGAUCAGCGGCACGAGGGCAUUCCGCGCACGGACCCUGUGUGGGAGCGGCGGCCGCAGCUGCCCAGCCUUGAGCAGCUUGCCGCGGACGCAGCGGACUAUGCCCUGAAGUAUGCCACCAAGUCUGAAGCAGUGCAGGGCAGCAGGGCCCUUAUAGCCGCAGCCACCAUGCUGCGGCGGCGCAUGCACCUCAUGACGCCAGAGCAGCAGGCCGGGAUUGAGAGCGAGCACCUGCCGAUCCAGGACGUGCUGGAUCAGCUACGGCAUCCCUUCGCAGCCUUUGCGGACGCCAGCGCCUCUGCCUGGGCGCCCCAGCCUCCUACUGCAGGUAUGUCAGCUGCAGGCGAGAGCAGCACGCUGGCACAGGCGCAGUUCACGGCGGAGGUGACGGCGCGCGCACAGCAGUCCGCGACUGUGGCCGCGCUGCGCACCUGCGCGGCCUCCCAGCAGACCUUCUCCGCUCCAGCAGCGGCGCUGCUGCUGAUGCGGGGCACCGACGCGCACGAAAGCCACCAGUUCAGGGCCAUCGAUUACAGGAUGUUCUCGCAGCAUGUGCAGUCGCAGCUGAAGCGCGCGGACCCGGAGCUCAGGCCCAGAGACACCCAGCUGCGGCUCCACUCGGCCGGGCCAGAUGGAGCGCAAGGGCACCAUCUGCGCCUGCAUCCCGCGCACCCAGAGUACAGUAAAUGCGUGUGGCGGCGCCGGCUGCGGCCGUACGUGCCGCAGCCGGUGUGUGACCCCGUUGUGCGGCCUGCGGACGGCGUGGACGAUCCGCAGGUGCUGGAGCGCUAUGCAGUGUUUGCGCUCGCGAACUUCGCCGCCUACAGCUGUGACGACAUGCUCGAUCUCAGCAACGGCGCAUGGGCAGCUUAUCAGCGGUGCUUUGCACAGCCGGCGGACGGCCAGUCGCUGCAUGUGCGCAUCGCGUGCCGUAUGCUCGAUCACGUGGAUGGGCUUGCGCGCGUGCGAAUGCGGGCGGAGGAGCGGCGGCAGCUGCAGGCGGGGGCGGAGGGCACCGCUGAGGAUGCGGCGGAGGAGGCACUGUUGGAGGGCGUGCCGGUGGAGGGCAUGGACGACCUGGAGGCAGAGCCGCAGGAUGAUGAGGAACCCGAUGUUAGGCGUAGCGCAGCGCCCGCAGCGGAGCUCUGGCAGGGUUGUGCGCUAUCGGAGACGGAACGGGCAGGGCUGCUGCAGCGCGUUGUGCACGGCGGCCUGGGUGGCGGUCUGACUACAGAGGCGACCACCGUGGUUGCCCAGAUCCCGCGCGCCAAUGCAUGGCCAGCGGUUGGGCGUACAGCGGCGGCGGCAGUAGUGCGCAGCACACAGGAGUGGACGCACGAGCGGCUGGCUGCAGCACAGCAACGCAUGCAUGAUUACGACCUAGGUGGGCAGUACGCCGCACAGGCGCUCGCGCAGGCGCAGGGAGCAGUGCAGCAGCAGCUGCUGCUUUACAACAGCGGCACUGCGGCAGUGACAGCGAAGCUGGUGCUCAUCUCGCCAUUGGCGGUUACCACAGCCGUCCCAGAGGUGCAGGGCGUCUGGCCCGAUGCAGCGAACCCUGGUGCAGAGCCGCCGUACGUGCUUUGCCCGUGUAGUGCCGAAGCACCGUGUGUAUGGAGGUAGUGAGAACUACCGGGUUUGGAAGGCAAGGCCGUGUAAGUAGUCGGUGAA